AAUGCAUAAUAUUCAUAACUUCUACGAAGAAUUUAAUCCGAAGAUUUACAAUAAUUUAGAACAUCAAAACCUAUAUAUGUUGGACUUAGAUUGCGAUUACGCCAUUGAUAUUUUACGACAGGCACACUCGAAAAGGAUGUUCGUCGCUCCGACAAAGUGGCUGCUUUUUCAAGAUCGAAAAACGAUGACCGACAACGAUGAUAACGUCAAUUUAACUUUUACAUAUGAUGACUCUGUGUUGGAAAUCUUCGAGGAUUUGGCAAUUUAUCCUGAUAGCGACGUGAUCCUCGCGCGAAGAUUCGAUGGCGAUUUUCUCGAAUUAUUAUCCAUAUAUCGACCAAGUCCACAGAAAGGUGUAAUAUGGGAAAAUCGUGGAAACUGGACGAUCAAGAAUGGUUUGCAAAUGAGCACUUUCGAUGUGGCUUCAGCACGAAGGAGAAAUCUUCAACAGACGGCUCUUAAAUCUUGUAUCGUGGUGACGAAUCCUAACACCAUCGAUCAUUUGACUGACUUCAAGGAUAAAUUCGUAGAUGCUCCCACAAAGGCUAAUUAUCCUUGGAUACUGCAUUUAGCGAACCGAAUGAAUGCAACGGUAAGUUUUGAAAUCACGAACGACUGGGGAUAUCGCACUGAGAAUGGUUCUUGGAGCGGAAUGACUGGGAUGUUGGAACGGCGUGAAAUUGAUAUCAGCGGUACCCCCUCAUUUCUCAUUCCGGAACGUAUCGAUGUUGUACAAUACCUCCAAUUGUAUACACAUACGUGUUUCCGUUUCGUAUUUCGGCGACCUUUACUGUCAACUGUGAGCAACAUAUUUAUUCUGCCUUUUCAACGAAACGUCUGGAUAGCAAUUGCAGUAUUUCUUGUUUUGGUUUUUUGUUUGCUCUACUUAUCCAUCAAAUGGGAAUACCAUCGCGGUAGAGCGACAGAAUCAGCAGCCUACUGGAAUCAACUAAAUCCCACCAAGCCAACAGUCAGCGAUAAUUUUCUCAUUCUUUUAGGCGCAUUUUCUCAACAAGGAUAUUGGUACGAACCCUUCAGAGUUUCGUCUCGAAUUGUUACUCUUAUGUUAUUACUGGCCUCGAUGAGUUUAUAUGCGGCUUAUACAGCGAAUAUCGUGGGUUUGUUGCAGUCUACCGCGGAUUCAAUCAAAACUCUUCCGGAUCUCUUAAACGGUCCUUUAAAUCUGGGCGUGCAUGAUUUAGUAUAUAAUAGACAUUAUUUUAAGUCUGUCCAAGAUCCCGUUAGGAAGACAAUCCUAGAACAACGAAUUGAACCGAAAGGAAGCAAAUCUAACUGGAUGUCUAUAGAAGAAGGUGUACGUCGCGUAAGAAACGAACUCUUCGCAUUUCAUGGUGAAAUUGGUUCAAUUUACCAACUGAUGCAAGACACAUAUUUGGAGGAGGAGAAGUGCGGUUUGACCGAAAUCGAUUUCCUAAAUGUCGUAUAUCCGCUUCUUAUGAUACAAAAGCAAUCACCUUACACAGAGAUAAUAAGAAAUGGAGCUUUAAAGUUGCGAGAAUAUGGACUCAAAUAUCACGAGGAAUAUCACUUAUAUACCAGAAAACCAGUAUGUUCGAGUCAAACUAGUUUCAUCACUAUCGGUUUCACAGAAUGCUACUUCGCGCUGGUCAUAAUGGGCUACGGAAUACUUUUUUCUGUAAUCAUUUUUGCGUUCGAGUUAUUGUGGCAAAAGAGACAAACAAUGCAUGCAAUAAAAGAAGUGUCAAACGCAGAUAUCGACAUUGUGGAAUAUCUUGACAACAGUCCUUCAGAACAGACCGCCUGCCCUAUAGCGAUACAAGUACGAUUGAUGGUAAAGGAAAUGCACUCACUCUAUUUAGCAGAUGAUACGAUUAAGUUAUCAAGAGAAAUGUCGAAUCAUUAUUUGACACAUUGCAUUCAUAACUUUGACGAUGAUCUUAAAGAAAAAAUUUAUAACAAUUUGGAGCAUCAGAAUCUGUAUGUGCUGGAUCUGAACUGUGAUAACGCUAUAAAAAUUUUACGACAGGCGCAUUCGAAGAAAAUGUUCAUUGCCCCGAUGAAGUGGCUGCUCCUUCAAGAUCGAAGAAUGAUAAUCGAUAACGCCAACAUAACUUUCACAUAUGAUAACUUAGAGGUCUUUGAAGAUUUAGCUGUCUAUCCUGACAGUGACGUGGUAUUCGCUCGAAGAUUCGAUGGUGAUUUUCUUCAACUGACAUCCGUAUAUCGACCGAGUCCACAACGAGCAGUAAUAUGGGAAAAUCGCGGAAACUGGACGAUCAAAAACGGUUUACAAAUGAGUACUUACGACGUGGCUUCGGCAAGGAGAAGAAAUCUUCAGCAGUCACAUUUCAAGUCCUGUCUCGUGAUGACAAAUCCUGACACGAUUAAUCACUUAACUGAUUUUAAAUAUAAUAUGAUAGAUCCUAUAACAAAGGUUAAUUAUAUCUGGAUACUUCAUUUAGUAAACCGGAUGAACGCAACAAUAAGUUUCAAUGUUUCCAACAACUGGGGACAUAAUAAUAAUGGAUCCUGGGACGGAAUGAUCGGAAUGCUGCAACGACAUGAAAUUGACAUUGGCGGCACUUCUGUGUACAUACUGGCGAAUCGCAUGCAUAUGUUAGAACACAUUCAGUUAUACACACACUCUGGUUUGUGUUUCGUGUUCCGACAACCAUUAUUGUCGACCGUAAAAAACAUCUUUACCUUACCCUUUCAAAGAAAUGUCUGGAUAGCAACCGGCAUAUUCCUUGUUCUCGUCUUUUGCUUGCUAUACAUAUCUAUGAAAUGGGAACACUAUCGAGGUACUUUGAAACAAUCGGCAGCUUAUUGGAAUCAAUCAAAUAUUAGCAAACCAACAAUCAUCGAUAAUCUUCUCGUCAUUUUAGGUGCAUUUGCACAACAAGGAUAUUCGUAUGAGCCAUAUAGAAUCCCAUCUCGAAUCAUCACUCUUAUGUUAUUACUGGCCUCGCUGAGCCUUUAUGCAGCUUACACGGCGAAUAUAGUGGCUCUCUUGCAAACUAGCACAGACUCGAUCAAAACCCUUUCCGAUCUUUUGCAUAGUCCGUUAAAUUUAGGAGUACAAGAAAUAAUAAUAAAUCGAAAUUAUUUUAAGUCUUUUCAAGACCCCAUCAGAAAAGCGAUCGUGGAGCAGAAGGUUGAACCGAAAGGGCACAAACCGAACUGGAUGAGUCUCGAAGAAGGAGUACGCCGUGUAAGAAAUGAACCUUUUGCAUUUCAUGGUAUACGAAGCCCGAUAUAUCAAAUUAUGCAGCGCACCUACCAGGAAAAAGAGAAAUGUGGCCUAACUGAGAUCGAUUAUUUGAAUCAGAUACAUCUGGUUAUUCCAAUUGCGAAAAAAUCACCUUAUUUGGAGAUAAUAAAAAAUGGAGCUUUGAAACUGCGAGAAUAUGGGCUCAAGUAUCGCGACGAGUAUCGCUUAUACAUAAAAAAACCGACUUGCUUGAGUAAGACUGGCUUCAUCACCAUUGGUUUUACGGAAUGCUAUUUUGCGAUAAUCACAAUGGGCUACGGAGCGCUAUUUAGCGUAAUUAUAUUUGCUCUCGAACUGUUAUGGCACAAAAGACAAAGUAUGAAUACGCUAGAAGAGACAGUUCCAACUAUGGUAGAAGAAAGGAAAUCUGAAAUCAUCGACGCGCGCGAGUGCAAUAAAUUAGACUAUUGCGAGAAAAAUAUCAAGCAAAUUGACUUGAUUACUUCGCAGAUUCUUUCCGCGAUUUUAACGGAGGAAAGCCGAUAG